UUUAUUUCUUUUGUCGUAUAGCCUGGAUUUAUUGUCUUCUCAGUUGCUUUCUCAGUUGUUCACGUGUAACUAGAUGUUUGCUCCCAAAAUUUCUUGGUGACCAAGUCACAGACAAACUCUGCAUUACCAUAAUUUUUAAAGUCAUUUUUAACCAUCAUCAUAACUUGUUAAUGAAGCAUUUGCAAAACCAGUUGUAAUUUCUUCUUGAAAAAUAAUAGUUGCUUAUACGAGGAGGCAAGUGACUUCAUUUCUAUAUAAACAAGACAAUCAAACUACCAAAAGUCCUUUUGGACUGCAAAGGAAUGGAAGAAGUAUGGUGACUCCACAGAGUGAGUUAGUGAGAGAAUGGCAGAAAGUGCAGUCACUUUUCUACUCAACAAGAUUUCACCUUUUUUUGAAAAUAGGGUUCAACUGUUGAGAGGGGUUAGAGAAGAACUUGUGUACCUAAAAGGGGAACUGGAGCGCAUGAAAGCCUUUCUGAGGGAUGCAGAUGUAAUGGAAGAAAGUGAUGAUGAACUCAAAGUAUGGGUUAAGCAAGUACGAGAUGUUGCUCAUGAUGCAGAAGAUCUUCUAGAUGAAUUUGCAGUUCUCCAAGCUCAUAACAAUCAUGGCUACGAACUCUAUUUUCCUUUCAAUAGGCUUUCUUCCACUGUCAAGAACUUGAAAGCUCAGUACCGGGUUGCCUGGCAGUUACGGAGCAUCAACACCCAAAUUCAACAUAUUUUUGCAGCUUAUAAAAGACUUCUUCCUAAGCUUAAUGCUGCAAAAGGUUCAAUGUUUACCAAUUCAGGUGAUACAUGGCAUGAUCGGCGAGGGGAUGCUCUUCUUUUAGACAACACAGAUGUUGUGGGGAUAGACAAGCCUAAACAGAAACUGGUCAGCUGGCUGGUCAAGGGUGGCUCUGGACGUGAAGUAGUUUCAGUCACUGGAAUGGGAGGCAUAGGGAAGACCACCUUGGUGAAGAAAGUUUAUGAUGACGUAAAAGUGAAGAAACAUUUCAAGCCUCAUGCUUGGAUCACGGUUUCUCAAUCUUUUCAGGCAGAAGAUCUUCUUAAAGACAUCAUUCAUAAACUCUUUUAUGCAAUCAGGAGGCCAGUUCCCGAAGGUGUGGAUGACAAGAAUAGCAAUGAAUUGAAAGCAAUAAUUAAGAACUUUCUGCAGAAAAGGAAGUAUCUGAUUGUUCUUGAUGACGUAUGGCACACUAACGAAUGGGAAACAGUCAAAUAUGUUUUGCCUACUGGGAACUUUGGCAGCAGAGUCAUGGUCACUACACGUAAAGCUGAUGUAGCAUUCACUUCUUGUUCAGAAUCCAAAUGCAAGGUCUAUCACUUGAAGCCCUUGCCUGCAGAUAAGUCCUGGAAUCUGUUCACUAGGAAGGCCUUUCAAGGGAAGCCAUGUCCUCCUUAUUUGUAUGAAAAAUGUAAAUGUAUCCUUAAAAAGUGUGAGGGUUUGCCCCUUGCAAUUGUUGCAAUAAGUGGUGUUCUGGCUACAAAAGACACGCGCAGGAUAGAUGAGUGGGAUUUCAUUUGUCAUAGUCUUGGAGCUGAAAUUCAUGGCAAUGACAAACUUGAAGAUUUAAAGAAAGUACUCUCUCUCAGCUUUAACGAUUUGCCCUAUUAUCUCAAGGCUUGUUUCUUGUACUUGAGUAUCUUUCCCGAGGGCUAUCUGAUUCAGCGCAUGAGACUGAUUCGUUUAUGGAUAGCUGAAGGAUUUGUUGAGGCUAUACAAGGAAAAACAUUGGAGGAAGUAGCUGAGGACUACCUAAAGGAGCUCUUGAACAGAAAUUUGAUCCUCGUGGGAAACACAACAAGUGAUGGAAGGGUCAAAACUUAUCGCAUCCAUGAUCUUUUGCGGGAGAUCAUUAUUUCAAAGUCAAGGGAUCAAAAUUUUGCAGCCAUAGUUAAGGAACAGAGUGCAAUCUGGCCUGAUAGAGUUCGGCGCCUAUCCAUACAUAAUUCAUUGCAAACCGUACAAGCAAAAAGGUCAGUUCCUCAACUUCGUUCCCUGUUUUUGUUUGGGGUGGUUGCAAGGCCAUCAAUACAAAAAUAUUUUCCCAGUGGCUUAAGGCUGCUUAAGGUGUUGGAUUUGGAAGCUGCACCUUUAAAGAUGUUUCCAAGAGAAAUCCUGGACCUUUUUUAUUUAAGUUAUCUAAGCUUGAGGAAAACCCAGGUGAAAUUCAUUCCCAGAGGCAUAGGGAAUCUUCAGAACCUGUUGACAUUGGACCUUAAAAAGACCAAUGUCACUGAAUUGCCUCUUGAGAUACUGAAACUUGAAAAACUUUGCCAUCUCCUGGUUUAUCGUCUUAAGAUUGAAUCUUAUGCACAUUUUUAUUCCAAGUCUGGCUUUAAGGCCCUUUCAAGUCUAGGAGAUUUGCAGUCCCUGCAAAAGCUCUGCUUCAUUGAGGCAAAUGAUCAUGGUUGUGGCAUGACAAUGAGGGAGUUAGGUAAGCUGAAGAACCUCAGGAGGCUUGGCAUUAUGAAAUUGAGAAAACAAGAUGGAUUAGCUUUGUGCUUGUCGCUGGAACAUUUGACCAAGCUGCGUGCAUUUUCUGUAAAAUCAACGCGAGAGAAUGAGAUUCUUGAUCUGCAACACCUUUCUUCCCCUCCUCAGUUCCUGGAACGAUUAUACUUGACAGGACGUUUGGAAGAGCUGCCAAAUUGGAUUCCUUCACUUAAUAGUUUGGUCAAACUGUUUUUGAAAUGGAGUUGGUUAAAAGAUGAUCCGCUUGUUUGUCUUCAAGGUUUGCCUAAUCUUGUUCAUCUUGAAUUGCUUCAUGCUUGUGAUAGUGACAUGCUGUCUUUCAAGAGUGGAGGAUUUAAAAAGCUCAAGGUUUUGGGUCUUGACAAAUUUGACAACCUCAGAUGCGUGAAGGUGGAGGAGGGAGCAAUGCCAUGCCUCGAAAAACUAACGAUCCAACGAUGUAAGUCGAUGAAGAGGGUGCCAUCAGGAGUUAAACACCUUUCCAAACUGAAGUUGCUCGAGUUCUUUGAAAUGCCAAGUGAAUUAAUCUUGAAACUGCGGCCAAAUGGAGGCGAAGAUUACGGGGAAGUUAAACAUGUCCCGGAUGUUUAUUCAGCCUGUUGGAGGGAUGGGGGUUGGGAUGUGUAUUCAAUAGAGAGUUUCAAGGAGAUAAAAAAUGCUACCUUACAAGCAGGUACUGUCAGGAGAUGCCAUGAACUUCGUCCGCUAUGGAAGGUUUAGAUCUGAUCAUACUUGUAAGUCGGUCAGUCAAUCAACUUCUACAGAUUGUCCACCAUUGUACAGAUGAAUGUAAAUACUAAAUACUCAUAACAUGUAACUUACCAAAGAAUAAGGUGCAGUAUUUGGUCACCAGUGUAUUCUAUAUUUGCAUAUACUAAAUAUUUGUACAUGAUCCACAAGAGUCUGAGGACAUGACUGUGAACUAGUCAAGAAUAGUUUGCUC